CUGAGCAGUGCAUCUGUACAAUGCUCCAGCUCACAAUGCUUGUCAGUUGCUUUCUUGUGAUUUCUUGUUAUUUUCCAGUAGAAUCCAUCAAGGUUAGCCAGACUCCACUUCACAUAACUGUUAAAGUGGGAGAUUCAGUGGAAAUGAUGUGUUCCUGGGAAACUUCACAAAUUCUUCCAAGAAUUCAAGUAGAAUGGAAAAAGAACAACAUUUCACAUGUUAUAUCCAAAAAGACUUAUUUAAAUACAACAGUGAUUGAGGUAGUAAACAGGACUACUCUCAAAAUUUUAAACACAUCAGCUACUUUACACAUCUCCAACACUGAAAGAAAUGAUGUGGGAAAAUACUACUGCAUCCUAAUAUACGACAUGCCAAUUCUAACAAGAGAAUUUGGUAAUGGAACUGAGUUAGACAUUACAGAAGAUGUGGCAAAGAGCAAUACUGAAAUUUACACCAUUUGCAAUGUGCUGAGGUCACUGCCACUUGUUGCCAUGGUUGCUGCUGUGCUUUAUGUAAACCACAAGAAAAAGGAGCCCAAAGGUACAGUGCUUGAAGGUGCUGGUGAAAAUAAAGUCUCUGUAUUAUGCACCUCUGCUACUGAAUUUGAUGACCUACAUACAAGUGUGCAGGCUGCUCAAGCUGCUCACCCUCCUGAAUGAAGAAACUGCUUUUUUUUUUGCCCGAAGUUCUGGAUGAUAAUGGUGAUCACAUUUAUACCCCAAAUGUAGUCCUCAAUUACUGUAAUUUGACUUUCCUAGUGAGCAAUUAAUACAGCAGUUUGUGUGGUAAAAUGAAAAAGAAUGGUUUUAAAGUACAAACAUAAGUUAACAAAACAGAGAUAAGAAAAAAAGUACAAAGAAUUAAAUUAAUGUAUCAUAGCUUAAUUAUAUAAUUAGAAAACUGCGGAAAAAGGAAAACGGGAUCAUCAGUCUGUUUUUAAAUGCUCCAAGUGAAGGAGAUUCAUUGGGUCAUUAAAGAGAAUAAGAAUUUGUCCAGAGAGGUGCUCAAAGGCUUUGUGGUGGUCACAAGCUGGUCGGUUAACAGGAUCAAAAAGCUAAAGAAACACAUUCCUGUCUGGUUCACAGGGGUUUUGUAACAAAGCUUUUCCAGUCAAUUUUUAUAAAUGUACUGGGAGGAUUGCUGCAUUUAAAAACAAAAUAGCUCAAGGAUUCCCAGCUUAUUACAUCCAAUCUUCAAAAAAUCAAAUGCAUUGUAUCUACAAAGUGCUUGUUUGAUGAAAUUUAAAGCUAUCGGUGUUACGUAUUCUUUUGAGUUUACAUUUUUCAUUAAAAGCUAUGUUAUCAUAUGAAACAUUUAUAAUUUAA